GAACGAUUUAGAUCUAUAUGUUUCCUUUACAUCUUGAGUUAGAAUCUUGUAUGAAUUCUUUCACAUUUAGAUUCUAGACUGUAAUUGAGAGAACAUAUUGGAAGAAUGUCUAUUAUUGUUGUAACUUUCUCUGUUUUCAUCUGUCAUAUCUCAAGUACUGACGUUAUGCUUCAAUAUGAGGCGAGUGAAGUCACUGGAGAUCAAAUGCCUGACCAGGUCAAUGUAACUUUUAGCACAGAAACAAAAUCUCUAACCAAACUUAAUCUAAGACGCUCGCGGCAUUUUAACCUCGAUAUUCCUUUGUAUACUUUGGACACCGACCAGGAAGGAAUUUUCCAUAGACAUAAAGUGAAAACCAGACCCAAAAAGGAUCUAGGUUUUUACCAAGAUAUUACAAACAAGGCUGUUUUUCGCAUCCAAAGGUCUUCAGAGAAAUCGGCGUACAAGAAAUCUAAAUUUAAUUUGAAAGGGGAAUUUCUUUUGAACACCUCCAAAUGUCUCUUCGACUCAGAGAAAAAGACCUUAAAAAAGCCUUGGAGAAAUAUGCCCCCCAAACCGAUGUCGAAUUCUAGAUGGACUGCAUCUCCUAGACCACUUUCCACGACAACAUUCGACCAAUAUGUUUAUAAUUUAGAAAUACUGAAAACCACAACGUUUCAUAUGUUUGACCUCGUAAGAAUAGCUCCGCCAGAAGAAAAAACUGUGAGAAUGAAUGCCAUCAACAAUAGAGACAUGCACAUGAAAAGCUCAGGUCGUAAAUCUAACCAGUCAAAACUGAGGUCAGUCCCACAAAGCAGACGUCGCCGGAACACAGUGCAGGACUACUAUGUGGAUGUGGUGGCGGUGAUUGACUACAAACGCUACUCCAAGUUCUUAGCACAAGCGAACUACAAUAACUUCACGGCAAUGCAGAAUAUUCUAGAGUACUAUGCUUUAGUAUUUAGUGGGGUGAGUUUCUCUUAGCAGUGGUUCUCAAAUUAUCUAAAUUCGAUUGCGCGCAUGUAUGUAAAUAUAAAAUCUAAUUCGAUGUAUAAAUGUUAGUGCAGAAUGAAUCGACAGAUAGUAGUCAUGAGAAACAUGAGUGGUCUAAAUGUAUGACAUUCAUAAUGAAAAGAAAUGAAUUGUGUUCAGAUAUCUUGUUAGUCGAGACGAGAAAGUCGCAGUAGAAAGUAGUAGAAAAUCUGUAGCCAGAUAGUACUUUGAAUAACAACCAAAUCUUUACAUACUUUUUGUAAGGCACUAAAUAAAUGGUCAAAAAUAUUUUUUUAAAAACAACGUGAAGCUUAGAAGUUGGAAUAUAAGUUUGUUUAUUUCACGGAUUUCGUUUCCUCACAAAGCAAGACUUUGUGGUGCUCUAGCAGAAAGCAGGAGAGACAAUGGUCGCACAACUUUUAAGGUAUGGAAACGCAACAAGAAGCUCUUCGAAACUGACACCAACAGUUGGGAACAAAAAGAAGUAAGGGUGAAAGUGAUACAGAGUCUUCUGAUUACUAAUGCUCAACCUAUGACCAAAGCUG